AUGGCAACAAUCUACCCCGAGGUCCCCGCAUUCACUCUAUGGUCUGAGCUCGUGGAGCAGCAGCAGCGUGGGUCACGCAAUAGUGGCUUCAACGUCAACGACCCUGUAUGGCCAGUCAACCAAGAUACCGUAACCGCGAGGGGAAGACUUCGGUCUGCAUACUACGGCACGGUGCCGAUCGACAUGGGCCAUGCGAUUGCGGGUUCACCAGAUGACGAGUUGUCACAGGAUCAUGCGAAAGUUCUUACCAAUAUUGCUCGAAACACGGUCCAAACAGAGCGGUACGGUCCGAAGUCAUUCAUUCAAAGGUUCCUCCGCGGAAAGUACAGUACCAUCGAGGUGAAGACACUUGCUACGAACUGGAGCUUGGAGGCGAUUGUGUGUCAGUUUGCAGUUCCAGGCGAAGACCAAGCAGCAAGAGAUAUCCGAAACGCAAACCGCGAGGUAUAUCUCCAGGGUGUCCAAGACCUCGAGCAGCUAUGGGAACGUGAGUACACUCAUGCUUGGGAGUCUGCUGAUUCAGCUGCUGCUGGUGCCCGCGGUCUGGACAAGAAGCGGCUGGAGCGCGCUCGCGAACUCUACCGGGUGAUGAAAGACGCGCCCCCGGUCUUUGACAUUGACCCACCCAAUGGUGGCCUGUACUGGGAGUCAGCAGCCGAGUGCCAACAGGAGAAGCUGGUCCCGUUCAUGAACCGGGCCAAGGUUGAUCGUCUGAGGACGUACGAGGGGUACUUCACAAAAGACAUGGUCGCAUCUCAUUACAGCACUGUCAUGAACAUCGUGGACAUCCGGUAA